AUGGCGUCGGUAGCUCAGCCUUGGCUGUUCUCAAAAUUCAUCGACCCUAUCUUCGCGAUGUGUGUUGGGCUUUCUGCAGCUGCUCUUCGCAUCCGACGCGAGGAACGCGAGAAAUACCCUGAACAGGAUUCCAGCUUCCAUGCGCUAUGGCAGAAAGGUCUCAAGAUGAACAAGGUUUACUGGGGAGGCGAACCAAGGCCUGAAUAA